AUGGCAACUCAAGAUCCACAAGUUAUCUCCCAGCUGGUGAAAGAAUUGGAGACUGCUCGCAAGGCUAAAAAGGGCGCGACAAAGUUCACAUGCAAAAAGAAUACCUUUGAGGUAGCCGGUACCAAAAAUGUGACCGUCGACUCAUGGAAGUUCCAGGACUGGGACUACAAGCACCCCGGUUUGCCGACAUAUGCCCGAGGUCUCUUUACCACCAAACGGAAAGACGGCAGUCCCGAAAUCGCGACGCGCGGAUAUGAUAAGUUUUUCAAUGUAGGCGAAGUAAAGACCACAGACUGGCGCAACAUCGAGAAAAACACAAGGGGUCCUUACGAGCUGAGUGUUAAAGAGAAUGGAUGUAUUAUCUUCAUUUCUGCUUUGGAGGACGACAAAUUGCUAGUUUGCAGCAAACACUCAACUGGAGCCCGUGGGGAUACAAAGUUGAGCCACGCGCAGGCAGGAGAACGCUGGACAGAACGCCAUGUCUCAUCCGUGAAUCGAUCUGUCAAGGACCUGGCCCGGACUCUGCGCAAGAUGAAUGUAACAGCCGUUGGAGAGCUCUGCGACGACACUUUUGAGGAGCAUGUGCUGGCCUAUGACGAGGCUUCUUCAGGAAUUUACAUCCACGGUCUCAACUAUAACCAGCCCGACUUCCAGACAAUGCCUUGUGACGAGGUGCACAAGUUUGCUGACGACUGGGGCUUCAAGAAGGCCAAGUUCGAGGUCUUUGAUGACAUCUACAGAGUGCAGAGCUUCCUAGAAGGAUGCGCGGAGACAGGAACAUGGGAUGGACGUGAAACCGAGGGUUUCGUCAUCCGAUGCCAGCUCAGCGACAAGGGGGCUGAACCCUACCGUCAUUGGUUCUUCAAGUACAAGUUCGAAGAGCCGUACUUGAUGUACCGCCAGUGGCGUGAAUGCACCAAAGCCGUCAUCGCGGGGAAGCACCCCAAGAUCAGGAAGCAUGAGAAGAUCACCGAGGAAUACUUGCAGUUUGCUCGACGGAUUCUGAUGAGGAACCCCAAGAUGGCAACUGAUUAUAUGAAUAAUCACGGUAUCAUUGCUUUGCGAGAGGAGUUCCUCAAGGAACGAGGAUUGAAUGGAUCCGAGCUUAUCGCUCUGGAGGCUAAAAUGCAGACCGAAAUGCACGAAGUCAACAAAAAUGUCAUUCUCGAGCCUAUUGCCUCUCUGGGUUGUGGAAAGACGACACUUGCCUUGGCUCUAGUUAAGCUCUUCGGAUGGGGACAUAUUCAGAACGACAACAUCCCCAAACAGAAGAACAAGCCGAAGAAGUUCGCUUUUGAGGUCAGCCAUGCUCUAGCAGAACACAGUGUUGUCAUCGCCGAUCGUAACAACCAUUUACGGCGCGAACGCACGCAGCUCAUGGAGGAUAUCUACCCUGUGCUCCCAGAUGCGCAGUUCGUCGCUCUGCAUUACGUCCACGAGCCCAAGGCAGAAUUGCUCCCUGCCAUUCGAGAGGUCACUCGAAAGCGUGUGCUAGAGCGUGGCGACAACCACCAAACCAUCCGGGCUGGCAGCAACGCCCGGGAAGAAAUCGUCGGAAUCAUGGAGGGAUUCCUCGGCCGUUUCGAAGGCAUUGACAGCACCCGCUCGCCAGACACGAACUUCGACCACGUCAUCGACCUCGACGUGUGUGCUUCGUCUCGUGAGAACCUCGAAACAGUCGUCAAAGCCCUACACGCCGCCUACCCGCGCCUAGUGCCAACCAUGCCCACGGCAGCGGAACUCGACGAAGCCAUCGCCGCCUCCCUAGACGACUACACCGUGACAACAGAUCUCAGCUACAGCUAUUCUUCCACACCGAAGCAAAAGAACAAAAACAAAACCCAAGAAACCGGUCGCCUCCUUCUUGAACCAACAGACUCCCCCUUCUCCCCAGAAGCCCUCUCCAAAAAGAUCGAAUACUUCAACAUCUCCCUCCCAACAAACGAAAUUACCUCAAUCCUCCAAUCCCUCUUCCCACCACACACAAGCCCCGAAACAGCCCGUCUCUACAACCAACUCAUAAACUCCCGCCGCCUCCAACCAAGCUUCCACGUAACCCUCAUCCACCGCGCUUCAAAGAAAGACCACCCAGAAACCUGGGACCACCUAGCAACCCGCUACAUCGAGACCCAGACCAAAAACCCAGUCCCAAAGCCAAUCCAGCACCCACCGACCCUGGGCUCCGCACGUGUACGCAUCGAGCGUCUCGUCUGGGAUAACCGCAUCAUGGCAUUUGUUGCGCGCAUCUUGCCCGCCGAGGGUGGCGAGGCGGAGAGCGUGGCUGAGUGGCCAUGUGCGAAUCCAAUUGCGCAUAUCACGGUCGGCACAGCAUCGCAGGAUGUUAAGCCGAAAGAGAGUAAUGAUUUGCUGCAGCGGUGGGUUGAGGUUGGAUCUGGUCGGAAUACGGGCAUUUUUGAGAAGGAGGUUGAGGGUGUUAGGGUUGUUGAUGGUGUUGUUGGGUUGGUUAUGAGUCGGGGAAAGUAUUAG